AAAAUGCUCAUUGGCCAGGACAGGCCAGGCCAGGGUGGCGAGUGAAAAACAAACGCUUUUCCAGCUGAGCACGGAGUACGACGCAGCAUGUGGAAAAGCGCACAACAUUCGCGCACCUUUUGUCGCGCGUUGUGUACCAAAAUAAUCUAAACUAAACUAUAAUUUCCACACGUUUUCUUCGCUUUCGUUGUUGUUUUUUUUUUUUGCUCGGUUCGUGACGUCGAUUUAAUGUCCGUCGUCUCUUGUUGUUGUUGUUGUUGAUGUUGUUAAUUAUCCGUUCAACAUGUGCAAUUAAAUAUAUAUAGCCUUCCGCGAAUAUAGUAACCAAAUAAACAAAUUUCCCUUGGAAAAUUCCGUGAAAACCAGAAAAGUGCCUGCAGCGGAGAGCAGUAGCGGAAAUAUUUUGUUUUAAGAGACAACCAAUGAUAAGAUAAGAGGCUCGGAGGCGGAGGAGCACGAGACGAGAGACUGGAGAAGCUGUGAUCCCAUUCCAGAUCGACAUAGCCACCGAUACUCCAUGCUAGUGUGGAUCCGUGGCAAUGGAAAUUAGUGUGACAGCGGAAGGAACAAAAACCAGAGGAAACAGUUACCAGAGCCAAGCGGAGGUCAACAGGAGGGACCAGCCAGCAGGGCGACAGAGUUAGAGACAGAGACAGUGACCAUGCGAAGCGGGAGGAGUUAUGUCCAGCGGCGGGCAGAGACGCUGGAGGGGAGCUUCGACCUGGAGGAGCCCGAGGACUCCGAGCCGGAUUUCGAAACGGAGCAGGGCCCAUCUCAAGGGCCGCUCAAGGAUCAGGAGCAGAGGAAUCUCGAGGAGACCGGCGAGCAGACGGACACGUUGAGCUUCCACAGCAACAGUUCCACGCCCACCACGGCAGACGUAGCGGAUGUGGACGUGGAGACGGUCAGCUCCCUGCCACUCUCGCCGCCCGCCUUCAAGGGGGGGCGCGGCGGCAGCCAGCUGGUCAAGCGGCACUCCCCGCUCAAGGACAAGCAGCUGGCGAGCACGGACACGACCAGCUCCAGUGCCAGCACCAGUUCCAGCAGCACCACCACCAGCUCCAGCAGCCAACAGCCGGACUUGGACGAUGUGCCCACGGUAAGCGGCUGUCAUCGGCGGGAAGCCCAGCGCUCAUCCUUACCCACUCUCACUUCCAUUUCCGAUUCUGCGAAUCCCCCACAGUCGUCGAGGUAUGCAGCCGCCGCCGCCCAUCCGAGUGCAGCGUUUGCCGACACGGCGGCCAGCUCGUCCGUUCUCUGUGCGGGAGGAAGCGCUGCAGUCGGCCGGACCAGCGGCGGAGGGGUUGGAGGCGCCGCCCAUCGGCGCACCCACUCCGCGGCGUCUUACAUCUCCAUGCGGUCGCAGGCGGGUGGCACGGAUCCGCCGCCGGAGCGUCCCAAACGGAAUCGCUUCUUCGAGUGGCUGCGGGUGGCAUGCAACAUCUGCUGCUGCAAGAGUUCCGGAAUCGGCGAGCCGAGUGUUCAUCAUGCGCUGGUUGUGAUAUUCCUAGAGUUCUUCGCCUGGGGCCUGCUGACAAUGCCCUUAAUAUCGACCCUCAACCAGACCUUCCCGGAUCACACAUUCCUGAUGAACGGCCUGGUGAUGGGCAUCAAGGGCAUCCUGUCGUUCCUGGCGGCGCCGCUGAUCGGCGCCCUCUCGGACAUUUGGGGCCGCAAGUUUUUCUUAUUAAUCACAGUAUUCUUCACCUGCCUGCCCAUACCGCUGAUGUCCAUCAACAAUUGGUGGUUCUUUGCCAUGAUCUCAAUAAGCGGCGCCUUCGCCGUCACCUUUUCGGUGGUGUUUGCCUACGUGGCGGAUGUCACCACGCCUGAGGAGCGCUCCAAGGCAUAUGGUCUGGCCUCGGCCACCUUUGCCGCCAGUCUGGUCAUUUCGCCAGCUCUGGGCAAUGUCCUGAUGGACUGGUACGGUAAUACGCUUGUCGUGGCCCUCUCCACGGCCAUAGCGUUGCUGGAUGUGUUCUUCAUCCUGGUGGCUGUGCCGGAGAGUCUAUCCGAGAAGAUGCGUCCCACGGCGUCGUGGGGAGCGCCCAUCAGCUGGGAACAAGCAGAUCCCUUUGCGGCUCUGCGAAAGGUGGGAACCGACAAGACCGUCUUGAUGCUGUGCCUCACCGUGCUGCUCUCCUAUCUGCCCGAGGCUGGCGAAUACUCCUGCAUGUUUGUCUACCUGAAGCUGAAAAUGGGUUUCAACUACGUGGAGGUCUCCAUUUUCAUAGCCAUCGUUGGCAUUCUCAGCAUCACUGUGCAAGUGACCCUCGGUUCCUUCAUGGAGACAUUUGGAGCCAAGCGCACGAUCAUUAUGGGCCUAGCCCUCGAAAUGAUCCAGAUGCUGUGGUAUGGCUUUGGUAGCCAAAAAUGGAUGAUGUGGUCGGCUGGCGUUGUGGCAGCCCUGGGCUCGCUCACCUAUCCUGCCAUCAGCGCCUUUGUGUCGCUCUAUGCGUCCCCCGAGAGUCAGGGCGCUGUACAGGGCAUGCUCACGGGCAUGAGAGGCCUAUGCAACGGCGUGGGUCCGGCAGUAUUCGGAGUUGUAUUCUACCUGUUCAACGUGGAUCUGAACGACGAGCAAGACUCGCACCCAAAGACCCCCGGCAGCCGGUCGACGAACGUGGAGAAGAUAUCGCAGCAUGUCCCGGGUCCGCCGUUCGUGUUUGGCGCUCUGUGCGUCUUCUGUGCCAUUAUUGUGGCCGCUUUCAUUCCGGAGGGCCAGCAGGCCAACUUGGAGAAGAAACGGCCUGGGCAAGACGCGCCAGUUGUGAAUUAGUAUUGUGAAAAUUAAUGAAUAAAUUCGCCAUCUCUGUGACCCGUUUUGUUCGUUCCAAUGCCGUUGCAGGUGCCUCGCUCGACGUCCAGUACGAGAUUGAGACGGGCCACAAAGCGCCCAGUUCCCUGGCGCCGCUCAUCCGCUCCGACUCGCUGGCGCAGCUGUAGUAAGCUCCAGUCCGGUUCCGGUCGUUGUCCUAUCCCCGCUGACGGAUCACAACUGCAGCAGAGCAUAUAGAGAACAUAUACGUUUAAGCAGAGUUAAGGCGUUAAGAUAACUAAAAAAAAAAAAAACAAAGGAGUAUAACUGUAACCGAUUUUGUAACUGUAACAAAUGCUGUAACUAGUUUGGCUUUAGUUUACCCCGAGUCUAGUAGAACAAGGUGCAUAUAGAUCGUACCGAAGAUAAUAAUGUUAUUUUUUGCGUGGUUAGAGAUCUUUGUUUUAGUCUCCACACACCACACACACCACACCCCACACACUACACACAGUAACACCACAAACACCUCAGCCAGAUUCGUUUAUAAUUUAUUAUCGCCUAAGUAAAAGUAGUCACAAUUCGGUCACCGUAUGCUUGCCCCGCUUUCUGGCUUCCGUUUUCGAUUACAUCACAGCAUGUUUUUUGCUAAAGUUAAUAACAAAAUAACUGCCAAAUAAAAAAGGGAAAAGUAACAAAGUAAUUGUAACUUGUCGUCAUCUUCUGAUAAUGCGAUAAUCCAGCACAAUAAACACAUUUUCCACGCCACACUUUCAGUUCGCGUUUCCAGUGUUUAUUUUUUGAAACUUUUGAAACAACUGACAAAAGAUGAGGAAAAUCCAAAAAUUCAACUGAAUACUAAGCUUUACUUUGAAAAUUGUAGUGAUUUAAAGUCUAAACUCUAAUCUAAAUGCGAAACAUGAGAAUAAUAGGAUGCUAAAGCUGAGAACCGAAAACCAGAAGCUAUAUAUACAACAAAUUAAUUAUGUAUUGUAUAUAUAUAUAGAGAGAGAUAUAUGUAUGUGGCGCAGAGAAUGAGGAUGUAUGACACACAAAUUGUAAUGUUUUAUUUAGCUAAACGCUGUAGUUUUUUAUUUUUAUUUUUACGAUGAUAAGCCAGGCGCGAGGACAUAAGUUAUGCAUAGCCUUUGAUAAAGUCAAUGCUUGAACGUACAUAUUAAAUAAGGACGAAGCACACGUGCAUGUGUAUGUAUUGUACUAUAAUAUAUAGAUAAAAGUUAUAUUUUUCGACGUUGCUACAACCGUGUAAAGUCUCCCAACCCGAUCCUUUCGCGCCCCAAAGAAACAGGGAAGGCCCACAGAAACGCAGACAUAGGACAUACAUACACAUACAUCCGUGCGAGAAGAGGCAACCGUCAAUGGAAGGCAUCAUGCCCCUGCCACAAUUAUUGGGGGGGCUAGAGAUAGUAUACAACAAAACAAAAACAAAACUGAACCCAAAUUUUGAUUGUAAAUUAUUUAACGUGUAAUUUAGUGUUUUAAACGAAACCAAAAUAAACAAAACUGUUUAAUGAA